GUGGAUGAGAGAUAGCGUGCAAACUUUUUGUUGGUAGGAAUUUUGGUGGAAUAGGUGUGGCCACCCAAGUCAUCUGCUUUGUAUGAUUCUGCAUCAUCUUCCUUCCUUUUCCUUGCCAACCACUGGAUAUAUAUAUCGAUGCAUAUCUUGAGCACAUUAGCAAUAUGAACUUUCUUGAGAAUUUUUGUAUUAUCUGCAUGCCACCCUGUAGUCCUAAGCAUGGCGUGUGGAGAUAUUUUUCUGGGUAUAGAUUGUAUUCCUGGGAAAUGCACUUUUGAAUGGCAUAGAAAUGGAUAUAUGAACUGCUCAUUCAAGUAUUACAGUGAAUGUUAUAAACAUGAUAUCAGGUGAUGCUGAUUUUCCUAUCUUGUUUCAGCAAAGGAGGGUUGGAUAUCCAACCAAAGUAUAUGUGCUUUUAGAAAUGUUAAUCUGCGAACCCACAUGGAUAUCAACUUCUCAUGGAGUGCAGGAGUCUUGAGUAUGCAUUCUGUGACACUUUGUUUAUGGGAAUUGUAACAGACAAGAGACCAAGAGAAGACAAGAUUAGAUGGAAUGUGAUGGAGGCAAUGAAAGUGCUAGUGAUGCAAAUCAGUGCAGGGAAGAAGAAUAUCCAUCUGAUUUAGAAGAGAAUAAAUCAGAAUGGGACUUGAAGGUGUGCACAGUAGUUGGGCCUUCAGGUACAUCAGACUCCAUUGGAGCCCUUGCAUUUGAUGCAAAGGAGUAUAAGUGGCUGGCCACUGGAGGAUUGGCCAGAAAAAUCAGGCUAUACAACUUUAACAAUCUGGUAGACUUACAACAAAGCUGUAGCCAUGAAGAUAAAGAAGAGGAUUUAAUGGAUAUUGAUGGAAAUUCUGUGGAGCAGAGAAACAGAUUCUGUGGUAAUGAUGUCUUGUAUGUUGAACAUAGCUCAUCUAUAGAAACUGCUGUUAUCUGCACUUCUGCAAAGCUGAGCAGCCUGAAGUGGGAUCCUGCCAGUGGAGAUCUGGUUAUAUGCAGUGGAGACUAUGAUGGAGUUGUUACAGAGUGGGAUGUUGAGAGAGGAAUUGCUGUGUCUGAGAGGGAUGAACAUGGUGGCAGAAGGGUGUGGAGUGUUGAUUAUUCUCAGUGGAAUACAAGUCUCUGUGCAUCAGCUUCUGAUGAUGGCACAGUCCAAAUGUGGGACAGAAAGACCAAUCAGACACUCAUGGAUAUAGCAAUUCCAUCCAAGAGGCCAGUUUGCUGUGCAGAGUUCAGUGCUUACAAUGCUAAUCUCAUGGCCUUUGCCUGCUCCGAUCACAAAGUCUAUGUUUAUGAUACAAGGAAAUUAACUUCUUCUUCUUCUGCUGCUGCUGAUUCUGCUUUGUUUGUUUUGAAUGACCAUAGCAGACCUGUAAGUUCUGUUAAAUUUUUUGGAGAAGGCACGGUUGUUUCUGCCUCUACUGAUGGCUCUCUCAAGCUCUGGGACAUUUCCAGGUCAAUACAAGAAGGUAUGUUGCCUGUGAGGACAUAUAGGGGACAUUCUAACAUGAGAAAAUUUGUAGGCCUUUCUGUAUGGCAGGAAGGAGGGCUAUUGGCUUGUGGAUCUGAAAGCAAUGAGGUCUAUGCUUAUGACUGCAGGUGGGAAAGUCCUAUCUGGCUAAAUAAGUUUGAUGGCACUGGUUUUACUAAUAGUACUGUGAGGUCAUUGGCUGAGGAUGGUGUCAAAGAUUUCAGGACAAGGGCAGAUUUGCGCUUUGUGAGUGGGGUUUGUUGGAGGCAGAAGCCAUCUAAUUGUGCUCUUGUUGCUGCAAAUUCUGAUGGCAUGUUGCAGGUUAUCAUUGGACAGAGAACAUCCAGUGAAGGGUGAUUUGUGUAGGAAUAAAUGCAUGAAUAAUGACACAAUUAAAUUGUCAAGCAGUUGGCUGCAGGAGUUUCCAAUCUUUUAUGUUGGGUUUCAAAAUAAAAUGUAACAAUCUGAGAGAGAAGGAAAGGAAAGAAAAAAGAAUGAUUAUACUUAAAAUAGUUCAUUAUUCUUUUUUCAUAAUAAACUAGAAUAUAUCUCAUUCAAAAAGAUGAUAGAAAAAUGACAGAAGUUCUGAUUAUGGAUCACUAUGUAUGAUCCGAAAUGUCAAUCAAAUAAACAAACACAAUUUAAUCCAAAA